CCGAAAUGCGCCAGCGGAAGCGGAGCUGAGGGGGGCGGGAAGACAGGAAGAUGGCGGAGGAGCAACGGCAGGAACCAGCACAGAAGGAUAUGGAGGGGGUGAACUGCCUCGCUUACGACGAGGCCAUAAUGGCGCAGCAGGACAGGAUCCAGCAGGAGAUAGCCGUCUGCAACCCUUUGGUGUCAGACAGACAGGACCUGUCAGUACUGAAGUCAGAGUAUGCCCAGGAUGACACUGUAUACCAGCAGAAGAUAAAGGACUUGCACAGAAGGUAUUCUUGCAUCCGGAAGACGAGGCCGGAUGGGAACUGCUUCUACAGAGCCUUCGGGUUUUCGCAUUUGGAGUCGUUGUUGGAUGACAGCAAGGAGCUGCAGAGGUUUAAAGCGGUGGCAGCCAAGAGCAAACUUGAUCUGGUGAGCCAGGGCUUCACUGAGUUCACCAUCGAAGACUUUCACAACACGUUCAUGGACCUGAUCGAGCUGUGUGAGAAGCAGUCCUCUCUGGGGGACCUGCUCGGCUCCUUUAACGACCAGAGCGUGUCGGACUACGUGGUGGUGUACCUGCGGCUGCUCACCUCCGGCUACCUGCAGCGGGAGCACGCCUUCUUCCAGCACUUCAUCGAGGGAGGGCGCACCGUCAAGGAGUUCUGCCAGCAGGAGGUGGAGCCCAUGUCGAAAGAAAGCGACCACAUCCACAUCAUCGCCCUGGCCAAGGCCCUCAACGUCUCCAUUCUGGUGGAGUAUAUGGACAGGGGUGAGGGGGUCGCAGUCAACAACCACGUCUUUCCGGAGGGAAGCGAGCCCCGCAUCUUCCUGCUCUACAGACCGGGCCACUAUGACAUCCUCUACAAAUAGCGCCUCCUGGCCGGCCUCCGCGGCCACUGCAACGCAACUCCACACAGCGGCCGCAGUGAUGCCUCCAUCCGCGCUCGGAGGCAAUGGUUUUAUUUAAAAAAACGGCCACUGGGCGCCCCUGCCUUCACAUUGCAGAACUGAAAUAACACCACCAUGUUUGAGAAUAGCAGUGACUCAGGCGAUAAGCCAUGUACAGGUUUGUUUUUUUUGCCUUUGUGGUUGUAAAUGGUAUUGAAUUGCAUUUUGUUGAUUUAUUUCUUUUUUUUUCCUUUGUUACACUAUGUUUCAUGUCUUUUAUUAAAGGGAUUGCUCCUUCGAGUGCUUCGGUAGUGUCUGUUUCCGUACGUGCUGUUUUUAACAUGGAACCCCCCCCCCCACACACACUUUCACGUUCUCCAUCUGAUACUGCUUUCACAGGAAAUGGUUGCUUUGUUCAUUUUUCGCGUGCAGAAUCAAUGCGACAGGGAAGUGGUUAACCCUGAACCAGUCAGGAAAGUGCACACAGCUUUGCUCAGCUUUAGCUGAAGAAAUUGGUGUGACUCCUCCCUCAUGUACAGCUGUAAUGCUGACUCGUUGAUCUCCCAUUGCUUCACUACUAAUACAGUGUAGACUGUAGUGUAGUGUAGCAUCUACGUCCUCGGAUACAGAUAUAAUGUUGACUGCUACCUGUCUGUAGCCUUAAUUCCAUAGCUUGUUUCAGUCCUUUAAUUCCCUCGCUUUUCUCUUGU